AUGGAGCACUUUAUCCUGAUGCAAAGACUUGCCGUUCUACGUGCUCUUGCUCCCCUCUCCAUCAGCUGUGACUCACCUUAUCUCGCGGUGCUCACCUUAUCGCGACCGGAUUGUCGAGUGCUCGAGUGCCGGCAGUCCUCAUGUGGCCACGAUGAAGAAGACUCAGCCCACGGCGGAACAUCGCCGGCUCCGCUACCAGCUCCUCGGGAGGUCCGUCUCUCUCCAACCCCAUCCGCAAUGGUAUGCUCAACAUUACGCAACUUAUCUUAUAAUCAUGAUCUACUAUCGAUCAAUACCUUUUCGAAAAGUUAA